AUGUCUUCACACAUCCAGUACCGCCCAUCACAAGGGUUCUUCGCUCUGCCACGCGAGCUCCGCGACAUGAUCUACAUGUACACAUUCGUAUCCUCGCCCCGCUCAUUCACCGCAACCUGCAAAACAUCCCUCCUUGCCAAUCUUCCGCCUCUAUUGAAAACAAACCUCGCAAUCCAUUCCGAAGCAACACCCAUAUGGCUUGCCCACGCGACGACCACCGUCUCUAGCCCUGCUUCCUUGGUCUUCACAAUUACCUACCUCAAAAGUUGGCCAGCCUGCCAUAGGCUCUUCGAAUGCAUCACUUCUAUAUCCAUUACAUCAUUCCGCCAGGCCCAUCUGAACUCGUACUACACCUUCCUAUCCCGAUUCCCCAACCUCCAAAGCCUACACCUCUUCAUCCCCGCCCGCGCCCCCACAUCGUCCAGCUCCCACCAACUCUCCUCCGCCACCGUCAUCCAUGAUUAUGAGCUCGCCAACGUCGUAGCCAUUCCCUCGCUGAAGAGAUUGUGUAUCGAGUUCCCAGACGAGGAUUUCAGCGUGCUGCAGACGCUCCUAUAUCGUGCUAUGAGGUCAUGGUUCUGGGAGCAGUUCGGGACGAGAGGGAAAGAUGUGGAGAUUGAGUUUGGGGGUUUGGCAAGUUGGAUGAUGGAUGAUGAUAGCGAGGAAGGGGGAUGUUUGAUGUUUGAUUGA